AUGGAAGAACUAUCAAUUGACGAAGAGAACGCGAUGAGACAAACUUCCUCAUCUUUAACUGCAAGUCAGGAUGAAUUAAGAGAAUUAUGUUUUCUACUUGAUAAAGAACGUCAAAAAAUGUCGGAAUUAGUUGAACAAUGGAAAGUAUUUAGUGCUACUGCCAGAGACAAACUUACUUCACAAAUCGUGGAUUAUCAAGAGAAAUUAAUCGAACUUGAACAACGACAGGAAUUACUCUUAAAAGGAAAUGAUUCCCUUCGAUUAAUUAUUCAUCAAAUGAUUACAAAUUCGAAUAAGAAACAUAAACAAUCACAAACAGAUGUUAUAAACUAUCCAGCAAGUUUUCAAAGAUCUAAUCCAAUUUACGAUCACCUAUCCAGAAUAAAAGUAACCAUCGAACCAGAAUUUUCAUUAAACUCACCGUUUGAUGAUCAACUUCAACAACAAAUCUCUAUUGAAAAUAUCUUUGAUGCUAUCAAAACAGUAGAAAUUUAUCAAACAACUCAAUGUCUAACUCACCAGUCGGAAAAAACCUUACUCAAACAAUUUUGUGCUUUGGUUUGGAACUAUUUGGAAGAUCGAUCGAAACCGAAAAGUAGCUGUUUAUUAUGA